CUCGGUGUUAAGCUGGUUGGCUGGCACGGGCUGGUUGGUCGGUUGGUUGAGAGGGUAGCCAUGGCUCGACUCGCUGCGCUACUGUUGUUACCGGUUCUUAUUGAAUCAGUAUUUUCUAUUUCCUUCUUUUUACCGGUCAACUCAAGAAAGUGUUUACGAGAGGAGAUUCACAAAGACGUCCUGGUGACGGGAGAGUAUGAAAUAACCGAACAGGCGAACACCAAAACUAAUCUGAAGAUCACAGAUUCCUCCAGCCACACUCUUUACUCCAAGGAAGAUGCAACAAAAGGAAAGUUUGCAUUUACCACAGAGGACUAUGACAUGUUUGAGGUGUGCUUUGAGAGCAAGUCACCCAUGGGGACUGGAAGAGUGCCUGACCAGCUGGUCAAUCUGGACAUGAAGCAUGGAGUGGAGGCCAAAAACUAUGAAGAGAUCGCCAAGGUGGAGAAGCUGAAGCCUCUCGAGGUCGAGCUGAGGCGACUGGAGGACCUGUCAGAGUCCAUCGUCAAUGACUUUGCUUACAUGAAGAAGAGAGAGGAGGAGAUGAGGGAUACCAAUGAGUCCACCAACACACGCGUGCUGUACUUCAGCAUAUUCUCCAUGUGCUGUCUCAUCGGGCUGGCCACAUGGCAGGUCUUCUACUUGCGGCGCUUCUUCAAGGCAAAGAAGCUGAUCGAGUAGAGCGGCCCCCGUGGCUCCUUACCUCGGGGGACGCUGCCUCUGUCAGCCAACACAUCCCAACAUCCACCCUCCUUGGACUAGCUUCAGCAAACAACAGCAAGUGGGGUCGAGCGGCUCAAAUUCUAGUUUUCACGGCUGUAAGAGAAAGAGUACCAAGGUCGUCCUCUGAAAAAAAAAAAAAAAAAGAUUCACCUGCUUAUUUAGUGGUUUGAAACAUGAAAAGCGCUGUAGGGAGAGAUGCACUGUGAGACAUGGG